CAAACAAUAAUCAAUUCCCUAUCUUUUCUCCUUAAUCGAGAUUUUCCCGGGAAAGAAAAUAGUUCCAGAUUUGGAAUCCCAUUCCUCAAUCCUCACGGCUCUGCGCAAUACAUGCAUGAAUGUAAUUACAUAACAAGUUUGAAAUAACUGCAAAAACGUAGGAAUAGAUCAAGCAGGGUUAGAAUUCUCCUACACUGCCACUAUGGUUUUACAUACAUAACUGGCGGCUUCAAAGCAAAAGGCUUGGACUUUUCAUAUUCUUUUUUCUUUUAUGGAAAGCGUGGUUUGCGACUGGGCCAUUUAGGAUAUACCAGCAGAUUCAGAUUCCCAUAAAAGCUUGAAGAAUCAACCCCAAAAGGCAAAAGUCUCUCUUCUCAAUCCAUACAUAUCCAAUCCAUCCUUACCCUGUUCUAACUGUCUCCUCUUGUAUACGUGAUUGUGCUUAACUUGCUUAAACUUGUAGGGAGCUGGUUGAAAUCGGAAGCAAGAGUUCAUGGCUGACCUUGAUGAUAAAGGACAGCCACAGAUUCAGGGGAGGUUUGCUGCAAUGGUAGUCUGUUUCCUUCUGGGAAAUGGGUGCCUCUUUUCAUGGAACAGUAUGCUUACAAUCGAAGAUUACUAUGUGGCCUUGUUCCCGAGAUAUCAUCCGGCGAGGGUCCUCACUCUAGUGUAUCAGCCGUUUGCGCUUUUUACACUCAUAGCAUUGUCAUAUAAUGAAGCAAAGAUCAAUACUAGGAAGCGGAAUUUAUUUGGAUAUACCUUAUUUUUCCUAAGUACUCUUUUGGUGCUAGUGUUGGAUUUAGCUACAUCCGGAAAAGGAGGUAUUGGAACUUACAUCGGAAUCUGUGCCAUUAGUGGUGCUUUUGGAAUUGCAGAUGCUCAUGUGCAAGGAGGAAUGAUUGGAGACCUCUCGUUCAUGAAACCAGAAUUCAUCCAAUCUUUCCUUGCUGGCUUGGCUGCAUCAGGGGCCCUAACCUCUGGACUGAGGCUACUUACAAAGGCAAUAUUUGAGAAUUCCCAGAAUGGUCUGCGCAAGGGAGCCAUUAUGUUCUUUUCCAUCUCUACAUUCUUUGAGCUGCUAUGUGUUUUUCUGUACGCUGUUGUCUUUCCGAAGCUAACAGUUGUGAAGUUCUACCGCUCCAAGGCAGCAUCAGAAGGAUCUAAAACUGUUUCGGCUGACCUUGCUGCUGGUGGCAUCCAGACAUUACCGGAAGGAGAUGCAGAGGAUCCGACUAAGAUGCAGCGGCUGGGGAACAAACAAUUGUUAGCUCAAAACAUUGAUUACGCAAUUGAUAUGUUUCUAAUCUAUGUGCUGACCUUGUCAAUUUUCCCCGGAUUCCUAUCAGAAGAUACGGGAUCUCACAGUUUGGGUACAUGGUAUGCUCUGGUUUUGAUUGCAAUGUACAAUGUGUGGGAUCUCAUAGGGAGAUACGUUCCAUGCUUAGAUUGCCUCAAGUUAGAAUCACGUAAAUGGCUGAUGGUUGUAAUUGUUGCUCGUUUCUUACUCGUUCCCGCGUUCUAUUUCACCGCCAAGUAUGGAGACCAAGGCUGGAUGAUCAUGCUUACAUCCUUCUUGGGUUUAACCAAUGGUUACUUAACUGUUUGUGUGCUCACUACAGCACCUAAAGGCUACAAGGGACCGGAACAAAAUGCUUUGGGAAAUCUACUGGUAGUGUUCUUAGUAUUAGGUAUAUUUGCAGGAGUAACACUCGACUGGUUGUGGCUUAUAGGCAAGGGCUGGUGAUCAUUUCUUACAUCUGAUUUCAAAGAUUGUUCAUAUUUUACUGCUCCGAGUUUGCCAGAAAAUAUACUGGAAUUGUAAUUUUGUUAGACUGGGUGAUUCAUUAAUGAAAUGCAAAAAGAGAAUUACUGGA